AUGAGUUUCGGUAUCAGUAUUGGAGAUAUUCUCAAGCUAUGCGAGAUAGCUGGUAGAACAGGUCGCGACUGCUCGGGCGAAUACAAAGCUCUUACGUCGCAAGCCCGAGCGCUAUCGAACCUACUCGAGGACAUACAAGACAAGUAUGACAAGAUACCCGAGAACAAGCAACAGCAGCUUAUCAAUGCAUACGAGCCAUGUAUCGAAGUACUCGAAGAGCUAGAUAAGCUUGUCUUGCGUUACAACGGGCUCGACACGAAGAGCAAGCGCGCAUGGGACCGCCUCAAGUACGAUCCAGAAAUCACACGAAACCUACGAGAGCGUCUCAUCGCGAGCGUGUCGAUGCUUAACAGCUUUUAUACGACCUUGAUACACGACAGCCAGGUUCUUAUAUUGGAAGCCCUGGAGAGGUUGGAGAAGGACUACAAAGGCGGUUACCGCGAAGAAAGCAUUGCUUCCAUCGGGAGGCUCACGUCUGCGGGUAUCCUGGAUAAUGACAAGGAUGACGAGGAAUCGUGGAGUCAGAUUCUCCGCGAUCUUGAAGAUGUGGGAGUCUCUCAACAGCAGGCUGUGAGCUACCGAGAUCUCAUUGUAGACUGGCUUGUCAAGGCUGUCAACGAAGGGAGGCUCUUGGAAGAGCGGCCAGGUGACGACUUCUUUGAAACUAUGCAGCAAGAUCUUGGGACAGCUCUUCCUGAAUUCGGAUUUGAACAACGAUUGCAUAGUUUCGACGUACCAACGAUGAUCACACCUUCGGACCGAGGCUCACCAGCUGCAUCUAUAGAGCACACUCCUGUAUCAAGUCCACUGAUAACACAAAAAGAGUCCGUAUACCUGGCUCCUUCAGCCACCCCCCUGGCGUAUUCUAGCACCUCCUUGCAAACACCCUCGCGGCGCUCUGGAUCGGAAGCCUCAUCGCUGUAUGCAGAGCCACGACCAUCGUCUUUGCCUGCUACUCCCGCAGAUUCCGUGAUGAAACGCAUCCCAGUCCCAUCUCUAAGCGCCCCGAUUCCUGUUGUACCGGCGUACAAUCCCCCCAUAAUAGCGCCUGUGCAUCCGACCAGUCCCCCUCCACCUCUGCCUUCGGUUACGAAUAUAACAGAACCAUCCGUUGCACCUCCAUCGUAUUAUGAGAAAGACACAACGAUCACAAUAGAUCUUGAAUGGACGGCACACCGGAUAGUGGCUGCAUGGGCUCAGAAUGACUUCAUCACGGCAGAGAGGCUCCUCGAAGACCAACUUACGGCAGUCGAACGUGGACAUACAUGCGUGUCUGGAGUUCAGCCUGAUCGACGCAUUCUCAGGCAUUUACUUGGAGUCUGCGCUUCUUAUACCGGGAAGUUCACCAAAGCAAAACGCUUGUUCGAAAGUGUGUUUAAUGGAAUUUACCUCAAUCGCCAGAAUCUGGACGAUGGUGAUAUAGCUGCCGCGCGGUGGCUAGGCGACGUAUGUCUGCACACCCAGGAGCAUACGAACGCCGCUCUCGCGUACAGUGUGGCUUAUGAAGGGUCUCUUGGCCGCUUCGGUGUAGCACCCGACCGUACUCAACGGGUGGCUGCCGAAAUAAGACUUGUCGACCACUGGCUAUGGGUGUUUAAGAGGAUUGAGGAUUCUCUCAAGCUCAAUAUGGACCCAACCAAUAUCUUCGCAUCUACAAACGUUGUUGAAAAGAGCAAUCUGAUGAUGUCAGUCAAGAACAAUAUUUACGAGACGGCGGGAUCUGGUAGAUAUGGUGCAAUGUCACCGCAUCCAAGUAGGCGUCCGUCAUUUACUAUAGGGCCUCGGCCAAAGUACGCUCUCACGAUUUCAGAAAGGUUUCUCUUGGGACCUCUGGUUUCACUGAGCACAUGGCCACUGCCCUGGGAUCCUCUUUUCUGUCCUACAGACGCUGUUCAAUUGGACCGCUAUAUGAACACUGUACGACUGGCAAAUUACAUUGGCAGGCCCUUGUCUGAGCGUGAACUACCAACCAACACACUAGGAGACUCCAAAAAACUACACUUUCUGACCAAAAGAGGCAAUCGAUGGUUGAUAGAAGCUGUGAAACAAGGCCUCCGCGAGAUUGGGAUCGAGCACGCUGAACACGGAUAUGAGCCUUCAAUUGUAUGCUGCCUCAAUCAGCAGCGUCAAGGUGUGGUAUUCUCUGAAGGUGUUGAAAUCUGCUUCAGCAAGCUUCCAUUCCGUCAUGUUUAUGGGAUCAAGGUCUCGGAUGUAAAGUGGGCUACACGAAGGUUCAACGCGGUAACACAAGACUUGGCACAGAGCUUCCGAGACACGACCGACUUCAGGAACAUCAUCAAGGGUAUUAUGGAGAGAGCGGAGGCAAAGGCGGCCCCUCCAGGGUCAACGCAAGACGUUCCCCAUGUGUCGCCGCUUCUCAAAAGGCCAUCGUACGGUUGA